ACCGCAUUCCGCUGCAUGGAUAUUAUGCACGCGUAAAAGUCUCGCUUAAAUGCCCAGACCGCUUGGAAACUGCAGCACUCGGGCGAUGGUUUUAUUUUGCACUGCGGUGGAAUCAAAUUGCACGCUUAAAAUCUAGUAUUGUUGCUAUUUUGAGUGGCUGACAAGAUGGCGACUCCCAGAGAGGCAUGAAAAUAGCCUUCUGCAGCAAAUGGGGACUGGGUUUCGAGUUAAAAGGACAUGACGUCCCCCGGUUCCGUUGUUCCUGGAACCACCGGAGCUCCGCUGCAGCCGCGAUGGAAGCGGGUUCUGGGAUGGUCCGGGCCAGUUCCCCGACCGAGACACGGACACAGAGCCGUAGCCAUCAAGGAGCUGAUGGUCGUUUUCGGCGGAGGAAACGAAGGGAUCGUUGACGAGUUGCACGUUUAUAAUACCGCAACAAACCAGUGGUUCAUACCAGCUGUUCGUGGAGACAUUCCUCCAGGCUGUGCAGCUUAUGGUUUUGUAUGUGAUGGCACACGUCUAUUAGUGUUUGGUGGAAUGGUGGAAUAUGGAAAGUACAGCAAUGACCUUUAUGAGUUACAGGCAAGCAGAUGGGAAUGGAAAAAAUUGAAACCAAAAGCCCCUAAAAAUGGAGCACCACCAUGCCCUCGCCUGGGCCACAGUUUUUCCCUUGUGGGCAACAAGUGCUAUCUUUUUGGGGGGCUUGCCAAUGACAGUGAAGACCCCAAGAACAACAUUCCCAGAUAUUUGAAUGACCUCUAUACCCUCGAGCUGCGUCCGGGAUCCAGUGUUAUGGGCUGGGAUAUACCGGUCACAUAUGGAGUGCUGCCUCCUCCAAGAGAGAGCCACACUGCUGUAGUUUAUACUGAAAAAACUACUAAGAAGUCACGUCUUGUUAUAUAUGGAGGAAUGAGUGGUUGCCGUUUGGGAGAUCUUUGGACAUUGGAUAUUGAUACACUGACCUGGAACAAGCCUACAAUAAGCGGCACAGCUCCCCUCCCCCGUAGCCUUCACUCAGCCACCACUAUUACAAACAAAAUGUAUGUUUUUGGUGGCUGGGUUCCCUUAGUGAUGGAUGAUGUGAAAGUGGCCACACAUGAGAAGGAAUGGAAGUGUACAAACACACUGGCCUGCCUGAACUUGGACACCUUGGCAUGGGAGACUGUUUUGAUGGACACUUUGGAGGACAACAUACCACGUGCACGAGCAGGACAUUGCGCUGUCGCUAUUAACAACAGACUUUAUGUUUGGAGUGGACGUGAUGGGUACCGCAAAGCUUGGAACAAUCAGGUGUGCUGCAAAGACCUGUGGUACCUUGAGACAGAGCGACCUAAUCCUCCUUCACGGGUACAGCUUGUCCGGGCCAACACAAAUUCUUUGGAGGUUAGCUGGGGAGCGGUGUCUACAGCAGACAUGUACCUGCUUCAGCUUCAGAAAUAUGAUAUCCCAUCAGCCACUGCUGCCACAUCACCAGCCCUCAACGCAGCUCCCUCCCUCCCUGGAAACUCGCCUAAGAGUCCAGCGCCUGCGGCAGCUGCUCCGUCUGCUCAGAGUCUGCCGCAAAGUGGCAUCACUCUCGUGCCCCAGGCUGCUUCUCCCACAGUCCUGCCCAGCACACCCGCAAGUCCCGUGGCUGCCUCAACAGCACGUGGCCCAGCUAUUCUGAAAGUUGCAGCCCCUCAGUCAGGCACCGGGACGUCAAUUGUCACUGUGCGGCAGGCUACCCAGGCCGGAAAGUCCCCAGUCACUGUGACAUCACUUCCUGCAGGUGUUCGCAUGGUAGUGCCAACACAGACCGCUCAAGGAACAGUAAGAAGUGAAAAACCCAUCGGCAGCAGCCCUCAGAUGAGUGGAAUGGCAGCUUUGGCCGCAGCUGCUGCAGCCACACAGAAAAUCCCACCUUCCCCUGGAGCUACUGUUCUCAGUGUGCCGGCUGGGGCCACAAUUGUUAAAACGAUGGCUAUGACACCUGGGUCCACCACUCACCCCACCACAGUUAAAGUGGCAUCACCUGUCAUGGUAAGCAACCCUGCCACUCGCAUGCUGAAGACUGCGGCUGCACAGGUGGCCACUCCAACAGUGUCCAGUCCCAAUACAGCUGCUCGGCCCAUCAUCACUGUGCACAAGUCUGGCACAGUUACCGUAGCCCAGCAGGCUCAAGUUAUGACCACGGUGGUGGGCGGAGUUACCAAGACCAUCACUCUUGUCAAGAGCCCGCUUUCCAUGGGAGGAAACUUGCUCUCCAGCUUGGGCAAGGUGAUGUCAGUGGUACAGACCAAACCAGUGCAGACAGGUGCUGUGACGGGACAGGCCUCCUCCAACCCAAUGACUCAGAUUAUACAGACAAAGGGUCCCCUCCCACCCGGCACCAUUCUGAAGCUGGUAACAUCUGCGGAUGGAAAACCAACCACCAUAAUUACCACCAGUCAAGCAGGUGGCACAGGAAACAAGCCCACUAUCUUGGGCAUCAGUGGCAUGUCCCCCUCUAACACCACCAAACCGGGCACCACCACUAUUUUUAAAACAAUCCCCAUGUCUGCUCUACAGCAGGGAGCUGCAGGUGUGACUAGUAGUACAGGGGUGAAGAGUCCCAUCACCUUUGUCACCACAAAGGUGAUGACAUCUGGAACAGGAACCCCUGGCAAAAUCAUUACAGCAAUGCCUAAGAUUGGUACAGCAGGUGGCCAGCAAGGCCUAACACAGGUUGUUCUAAAGGGAGCUCCUGGUCAGCCUGGAACCAUCCUUCGCACUGUGCCGAUGGGAGGAGUGCGUCUCGUGUCUCCAGUAUCUGGGGUCAAGCCAACUGUGACGACACUAGUUGUGAAGGGAACAACUGGUGUAACAACUCUUGGCACAGUCACAGGAACAGUUUCUUCCAGUUUAGCUGGAGGAAGCUUAGCCAGUGCCAAUGCCACCUUGGCAACUCCCAUCACCACUCUGGGUUCGAUUGCCACCCUCUCCAGCCAGGUCAUUAAUUCUACCGCUGUGUCAGCUGCUCAGAGCAACCUGGCCACUGUCACCUCCACCAUGCAGCCCACCCAGGUGACUCUCAUAACAACACCCAGUGGUGUGGAGGCUCAGCCUGGUCAAGAUCUGCCUGUUUCCAUUCUGGCCUCUCCCACCUCUGAGCAGCCCACCUCUACUGAGUCUGGUGCAGGCGACGCUUCUGGCAGUGUUACUUUAGUGUGCUCCAACCCACCCUGUGAGACGCAUGAGACGGGCACCACCAACACGGCCACCACAGCGACGGCAAAUAUGGGCACUGUACCAGCUGGCACAGUACAGAGAGUGUGUUCCAACCCACCCUGCGAAACGCAUGAAACGGGUACAACAAACACUGCCACCACAGCAUCUGCCAACAUGGGCACUGUACAGAGGGUCUGCUCCAACCCACCAUGUGAGACCCAUGAAACGGGUACCACCAAUACAGCUACCACAGCAUCUUCAAAUAUGGGCACAGCUCCUGCUGGCACUGUCCAGAGGGUCUGCUCCAACCCACCCUGUGAGACCCACGAGACAGGCACCACCAACACAGCAACCACAGCGUCAUCUAACAUGGGCGGAAAUCAAACGGGGACGGUGCAGAGGGUCUGCUCAAACCCACCUUGUGAAACUCACGAGACGGGCACCACCAACACAGCAACCACAGCGUCAUCUAACAUGGGCGGAAAUCAAACAGGCACUGUCCAGAGGGUCUGCUCCAACCCACCCUGUGAGACCCACGAGACGGGCACCACCAACACAGCAACCACAGCGUCAUCUAACAUGGGCGGAAAUCAAACAGGCACUGUCCAGAGGGUCUGCUCCAACCCACCCUGUGAGACCCACGAGACGGGCACCACCAACACAGCAACCACAGCGUCAUCUAACAUGGGUGGAAAUCAAACGGGAACGGUGCAGAGGGUCUGCUCAAACCCACCUUGUGAAACUCACGAGACGGGCACGACAAACACAGCAACCACUGCAACCUGCAGUAUGGAGACGGAUGAGGGAACAGCCCAACAGAGUGGUGAGGCAUCGGAAUCUACCACCAGUACGGAAAGCCUUCCAUCCACUGCAGCACCCCAGAGCAGAGCCAUUACUAUAGUCACACAGGCCACACCUCUACCAGGACCCGCUGUUCCAUCCAUCUCUUCAAUCACUGAGUCAUCCUCAGAGACCGGAGCUGAGCCGGUUGUUAUGGAGAGCUCAGAGGCAGAGUCUUUGCAGGCAGAAGGCCAGGCUGAAGCGGAGGCAGUCGCCAUGCAGGCAGAGUUCCAGACAGGGGCGGGGGCAGAAGCAAUGCCGAGUGACUUCCAUGCGGGGGCAGCCGCCUUGCCGAGUGACUUCCAGGGAGAAGCCGUAGCGGUAGCCAUGCAGCCAGAGAGCCAAGCGGAGGAAGGGGCAGUGCCCAUGGAACAUGACGCUUCUAGCAUGACAGAGGGAGAAACCGCUCAGGAGCAGCUACCGACAGCUGAGAUGGAGGGUAUAGAGGCAGCAUCAGCAUCACAGGCCGAGGCGCUGGCCUUGCCACCAGAGCUGAUGUCGGACGGGCAACCCACAACGCUGAUGGUGACGGGUCUGACCCCAGAGGAGCUGGCCGUCACGGCAGCCGCAGAGGCAGCAGCCCAGGCUGCAGCGACAGAAGAGGCCCAAGCCCUCGCCAUUCAGGCUGUACUACAAGCAGCACAGCAGGCUGUUAUGAGCUCAGGUGAUGCUGGAGGAGACGACCAGCAGACCCACACCAUACCCAUCAUUCUGACCCAGCAAGAACUAGCGGCUUUGGUUCAGCAGCAACAGCAGCUCCAGGCAGCCCAGCAGCAAGCUGCUGCCCAGGCCGCACUGCCCACUGAGGGCUUGGCUCCAGCUGACAGCUUAAAUGACCCCUCAUCAGAAAGCAAUGGACACAACGAGAUGGCCGCCGCUGUCACAAGUACAGUAGUUGGACUGCUGCCUAGCACCUCAGCAGAGACUUUGGCUCCAUCCAGCACAUUAGCCCCCGCAGUAGUUGCCAGUCCAGCUAAGAUGCAGGCAGCUGCUGCUCUGACUGAAGUGGCCAAUGGUAUUGAGGCUGCGAAACAAAACCCUCCCACUGUUACCAUCAAACCUCAAGUGAAGAAAGAAAACCAGUGGUUUGAUGUUGGCAUUGUCAAAGUGACCAAUAUGGUUGUAACACAUUUCUACAUGCCUGCAGAUGACGCCGCUUAUGUUGAGGAUGAUUCUGGCACAAUCCCUGACUACAGCCAGAUGAAGAGGGUGGACCUUCAACCCGGGACGGCCUACAAGUUCCGUGUGGCGGGUAUAAACACAUGUGGCCGUGGAGCCUUUUCUGAAAUAUCUGCUUUCAAGACCUGUUUACCGGGCUUCCCAGGGGCACCAUGUGCUAUAAAGAUCAGCAAGAGUCCAGACGGUGCCCAUCUUACAUGGGAGCCCCCAUCCGUGACAUCAGGAAAGAUCACGGAGUAUUCUGUGUAUCUGGCUAUCCAGAGCAGCCAGACCACCGAGGCGAAACCCUCGGCCCCGGCCCAGCUUGCCUUCAUGCGUGUUUACUGUGGGCCGAAUCCUUCCUGCCUGGUCCAGUCCUCCAGCCUGUCCAACGCCCACAUAGACUACACCACCAAACCCGCCAUCAUCUUCCGCAUCGCUGCACGCAACGAGAAAGGUUAUGGCCCGGCUACACAAGUGCGAUGGCUGCAAGAGUCUAACAAAGAUGGCCUUUCUGCAAAGCCUGCCCCAAAAAGAGCAGUUUCUUCACCAGAUACGAAAGGGAUUGGUCAGAAGAAAGCAAGAAUGGACCAGUAAGCACCUCUCUCCGUUUGUCCUCCAAGACCAGAAAGACAUACACUACUCCUAACGCUCCAUCCAGAUUCAACACAUCUUCCACUGUAACCAUCCAUCAAAACAGCACAAAAUCAGCAAGGAAAUAGUGUUUAAGAAAACAGUUUCUAGGGAAAGCUUUUUUUCUUGUUAAUAGUAUGAAUGGAGAAAAGCACAUUGCUUAUUUUUGAGUAUUUUUCAACAUACUUGGAGUGGGAGAAAGAAAAAAAACAAAUUUGCUUUUUUCAUUGUAGUCUUCCUUUCUGCUCUCCCCCAUUUCUUUCAAAACCUGUAUCUUGCUUCAGUAAAUUCAAACACCAGUUUUAAGAUAUUUGUAAUGUUUGUUCUGCCAGCUGGGCUCAAAUGAAGUAGCUCUCUUUUCUGCGAUGGACUUCAGUGUGGAGUUUUAGUUCACGUUAAAUGUGUGGACACUGCAGGAGGAUUUCUGAUUGGAGAGGACUGGUGUCAUUUUUAUGUGAGGGGAAGAAACUGAAAUGGUGGGUGGGGGGGGAAACAAAUCAAGCACUUGUCCUCAGACAAGAGGGGAUAUUUUCACUGGAACGGCUCAGUGAAAUAAGAUCUGCGUAAAGAAUCGUUCUGGACUCCAGCCUCCUGGUGAAGUCUGCACUUCUGCAUUGAGCAGAAAUAGAGGCAGAACUGCAGUUAACGAAGUGGCCAUGGAAGUACAUUACUGGCAGGACAGAGACUUUGAUAGAACUGAGAUUUGCCAUACAAACAAAAAAAAUAAAAAAGAAAACUGAGAAAAAAAAAACAAACAAAAAAAAGCAAAACUUCCCAAAAAAUUAGCAAGCGAUGAUGGAGAAGAUCUUUUGUGUAGUUUAUUUUUGUAUUUUUAAAGCUUUUCUCCUGUGUGUAUGUGUAUGUCUGUGUGCCUUUUUUUUUUUUUUUUUUUUUUUUUUUUUUUUUUUUAACUCACUACUUUUAUUUUUUUGUUUUAAAAAUUCUUGGCCAUCCCCAUUGGUUUAAGGAUUUGUGGGAAGAAGGGCUUUUGGAUGGGCCGUUCUCUCGUCAAGUACAUUUACAUACGGAAAGACAUUUGUAUUUGUGCUCAAUGUGAGUGGUGAUGUGCUACAGCUGAAAAGGAUGUAAACAUCUGAAGGGCUUUUACUUUUACUGCAUAUUUCUAUGCUUGUUUCCACUCUGUGUUUGUGUAUGCCAAACCUUGAGAUGUAAAAAUCGUAAAAACAUUGUUAAAAUUUUUUUUAAUUCCUCAUCUUACCAAACCGCCGUUUAUUAGUAAACACUCAACUUUUUCCCUUCCUCUGGCUUGUCCUCUUAACUUUUUCACAACAUAACUUUGUAGAAUUUUCUCUGCCCUAGAUUGUGAAGGAAGUCGUCCAUGUGAAGAUAAAUUUCUACUUUUAUUUUAUUUUAUUUUUUUCACCUUUGAUUAUCUGAGAGGUAUGCAAACUUAAUGUUCAGUGUAUACCUGUAUGUCUCCAUGUGGGUGAGGAUGGCUGUACUCACUCUUGGUGAAAGCCAAGUUCGGAUUCGACUGUAAUAUAGUUCAUUCAUAAUGCAAGAAGUGAAGAUGAUAUCCUGGCCUUUUAUAUAUUUACCUGUACAACGUUUUUACAUGUUGGUCAUCUCCUGAUUGCCUUUUUUGUCUUGACUUAUAAAAGAAACAGAAAUAUAAA